UCUCCUGCGCACAAUCCUCGCAGUCCCCGCCCACCUCUAUCUGCCAUUCCACGCGCCCUUCUCGAACGCCUUUUGUCGUCCUUCCACCAUUCUCAUUCCGAUGCCGAUGGAGCAACUGAACUUCAGCAACGCCCAAGGCGCUCCAUCUUUUCUCGCGGUCCUCCUAUCGUCGAAGUUGCUACAGUACCGGACAAACAGACAUUAUUUGUUGCUCCGCGACCGCGGCCGCAGCAGCAAAGCCCGUCGCACGCCCAGGGCUCGUCGUCGCAAUCUCAGCCCACCACCACACCUGCUCAAGGUACCAGUACUGCCGCACCAGGUGCAGCAACCACGCAGUCACCACCCCUCCCAUUGUGGGCUCGUUUCGUUUUGUUUAUCUGUUGCGCAUCUCCCCCGCACGCCAAUGGUCAUUAACAGGAGCAGCACAUGUACAACCAUCUUACUCUUCACGUCUUCCGCUCUUCCAACAAUCCUGUUUCCUCGUCGUGAGACUCGUCUAAUCAUACUAACAGCCAUGACAAACGUCAUACUCGUUCCCAAGCUUAGAGUGAGCAAAACUAUUUCCUGAGACUUGUUCUGUGUCGAACUUUGCAACGAGGUUUGAAAGACUCGUGUCGUUCUCUUUUUUUGCCGUGCAACUCCCCCACACGCCAAUGGUCAUCAACACAGGCGCACAACUAUUUCACGUUAGUCUCUGGUUCUCUGAUGUACUCUUACUUUUUAGAUUAUUCGCGUUCAAAGUACUUGCCGCAUACACGAUGCGGGGUUUGAAAUAGACUUGCA